AUGAACUUUAUAUUAGUGGAUAAUCGGACUAAAGAAGGGAUUCAUUACAACAGUGAUGAGUUUCCUAUAGGGCUGCGAAACCAGUGGUACUUAUCCAUUUAUAUUUACCGAAGAAUGACUUCAGCUUUGAAGUUAGGUGCUGGUCUUCUUCGUGAAUUAAGGAUCCAUUUGUGCCAAAAAUCUACUGGAAGUUUAGGAGUCCGGCAGUUUAUCGAAAAUGAUUAUGUCCCAUUGAAGAAGGCGAACAGAGAUUUUCCAAUCCUCAUCCGUGAAUGUUCCGGAAUAACUCCUAGAAUAUUUGCAAGGUACGCAAAAGGUGUUGAAAAAAGUGUUUCGCUGGAAGGUGCGUCACGUGAAAAAGUCCUUAGUGUGGUAAAAGACCUUGCAAGGAACGGCACCGUGUGA